AUGCUGAGCGUGCUGCGAGUGCAUCUGCCGUCGGACAUCCCGAUCGCGGGGUGCGAGCUGUGCCCGUACGUGCUGCUACGCAAGCCCGAUGGCACAAUCACCACGGAGGACAUUCCCGACACCAACCCCAUCGAUGGCUACUACAUCCGCUGCCGCUGGUACCGCGUGCAGAGCGACAAGCGAGUCGCCGUGUGUUCAGUGCACGGCAAUGAACCCGCCACUCUCCAGUGCCUGGGGUGCGUGAAGGCCAAGCUGCCCAUCGCGCGUAGCUACCACUGCUCGCCGCUCUGCUUCCAGGCCGCCUGGCCGCGCCACCGCGCGCUGCACUCGCGCGGCCUCGGCGGAAGCACCCAUGGCAGCAGCGACGGGACUCUCCCGGGGGAGAUAACCUCGGGGGGGGCUGCUGUGGGGGGCGCGGGGGGGGUUGGCGGGGCGCAGAGGCGGGAGAACGGCGCGACGGCGGAGGAGGAGGAGCUAUUUGGGAAGUUCAACAGCGGGAAUGGGACCACGGGGCUGGCGGGAGCGGGGGGAGCACAGGGGGGCAUGGGGAACGGCGCGCCUGGAGGGGGGUACGGGCAGGGGGAGCAGCAGCCGGGAGGGCAGCAGCAGGGGAUGCAGGGUAUGCAGCGGCCGAUGGGGGGGGGAUUCGCGCACAGGCCGCCAGGGGGCCUCGCGUACCAGUCUGACACCACUGGAGGGGGUUCCAACGCUAGUGGUGGCGGCAGUGGGGAGGUGUGGUUUGAAGUGGGCCGGGGGAAACCCUACACGCCCACCACAGACGACGUAGGGCACGUGCUCAAGCUCGAAUGCGUCCCCAUAGAAGCCGCCACUGGGCUCCCCGUCGCGCCCCCCUCCACCCUCCUCACCUCCCGGGUCAUCCCCGCGCCCUCCCCCACCCCCCGGCGGAUGGUGCAGAGCGACCACUUUGAGGAGUUGUUUGGGCCCGAGCUGCCCGAGCUCAAUGGUGCAGAGCGACCACUUGGAGGAGUUGUUUGGGUCCGAGCUGGAGAAGCAGGGGUACGCAGCGAGCAGGUGUUUGGACGGCUUUUGCAGGUGCAGAGCGACCACUUUGAGGAGUUCUUUGGGCCCGAGCUGGAGAAGCAGGGGUACGCGUCCGUGUUCAAGAAGAAGACCGCCGAGGUAUACACGGGCACGGCCUAUGCCAUAGACGGCUGUGCCACCUUCUUCCGCCGCGACCGCUUCUCCCUUGUCAAGAAGUACGAGGUGGAGUUCAACAAGGCAGCGCUAUCGCUCUCUGAGGCACUCGCACCUCCCACCAAGAAGGCAGCUCUCAACCGCUUGCUCAAGGACAAUGUAGCACUGAUUGUGGUGCUAGAGGCGAGGGAUGCAGGGGGGGCGGAUGGGAAGGACGGGGCUAAUGCGCCUCCUGCCAAGAGACAGCUGCUCUGUGUGGCCAACACGCACAUCCACGCCAACCCAGAACUCAAGGACGUGAAGCUGUGGCAGGUGCACACGCUGCUCAAGGGCCUGGAGAAGAUCGCAGCCAGUGCGGACAUUCCCAUGCUGGUGGCAGGGGACUUCAACAGCGUGCCUGGCAGCGCGCCCCACUCACUGCUCGCCACAGGGCGAGUCGAUGCCAACCACCCAGAGCUCGCCACUGACCCUCUCGGCAUCCUGCGCCCCGCUUCUAAGCUUUGCCACCAGCUGCCGCUGGUCAGUGCAUACGCAUCGUUGAGCCGCGGCGGCUCGGUGGCGGAGAGGCAGCGGCGGCGCAUGGACGCGAGCAGCAGCGAGCCGCUGUUCACAAACGUGACUCGGGAUUUCAUGGGCACGCUGGACUACACCUUCUAUACCGCCGACUCCCUGUCUGUCGAGUCUGUUCUCGAGCUACUAGACGAGGACAGUGUGCGCAAGGACACAGCACUGCCGUCCCCCGAGUGGUCGUCCGACCACCUGGCGCUGCUCACUGAACAAAGGACCCACUCACCCCCUUCUCCGCCCCCUUUCCCCUUCUCCCCUUGCCCCCAUCCUCUUUCUUCCUCCCCCCCCCCCAAGUUCACGGACGAAUUCACGGACGAAGGACCCUCUGUGGAGGUCCGCGUGCCCAUCCCUGCUGCGCUCCGGCCAAUCCAGGCACGCCACGUGGCGGUGAGCGUGCAGGAGGACGCGCUGUCGGUGGCUGUGACGCCGCCAGCUGGCUUCGGGAGCAAGGAGGGCGCUGUGAAGGGCAAGGAGGGGCGGGAGCGGUCGCUGGUGGUGGCGAGUCCGCUGUAUGGGCGAGUGAAGGCCACUGAUAGUGCAUGGUACAUUGACGACACAGAUAUUGUAAUCACACUCUUUAAACACCCGCAACCUUCCUCCUCCUCCUCUGCACCUUCCGAGCCUGUCUUCCAGGCCUGGCCAACCCUGAUCAAGGGCUGGGAGGCACUGGCAGGGGCGGUGGCCAAUCAGCUGAAGAGCUGUUCCGUGCUGCUGGUGGGCGGCAGCACUCGUCUCAAUGCAGCCGUUGCUGCAGAGCUGGCCACAGGGCUUGGCUAUGCACCAAUCAUGACUCAGCAACUGGUGGAGCAACUAGCAAGUGCCACCAUUGACGAAGUGGCAAGGGAAGAGGGGCUGGACUCAGUGGCUCAAGCCGAGACUGCUCUCUUGGAUCACCUCUCCUCGUACGUACCCUCCAUUACUGCCUUGUUUAGAAUAUCCAUAACCCUGCAGUGUGUGCGCCAUGGCCAGCCCUGCAGUGUGUGCGCCAUGGGCCAGCCCUGCAGUGUGUGCGCCAUGGGCCAGCCCUGCAGUGUGUGCGCCAUGGGCCAGCCCUGCAGUGUGUGCGCCAUGGCCAGCCCUGCAGUCAAUCUGUAUGUGGGGGUUGCUACUGUGGACCAGCCUCAGGGGCGUCUCUGCAGGCCAGCAGCUGAGACUCCGCACAUCAGUCUCUGCAGGCCAGCAGCUGAGACUCCGCACUCAGUCUCUGCAGGCCAGCAGCUGAGACUCCGCACUCAGCCAGCAGCUGAGGACUCCGCACUCAGUCUCUGCAGGCCAGCAGCUGAGACUCCGCACUCAGUCUCUGCAGGCCAGCAGCUGAGACUCCGCACUCAGUCUCUGCAGGCCAGCAGCUGCGACUUGACCGCACUCAGUCUCUGCAGGCCAGCAGCUGAGACAUCCGCACUCAGUCUCUGCAGGCCAGCAGCUGAGACUCCGCACUCAGUCUCUGCAGGCCAGCAGCUGAGACUCCGCACUCAGCCAGCAGCUGAGACUCCGCACUCAGUCUCUGCAGGCCAGCAGCUGAGACUCCGCACUCAGUCUCUGCAGGCAGCAGCUGAGACUCCGCACUCAGUCUCUGCACUCAGCCCCACCAAUAAACACUCCCCUCCCCUGCAACCCUCCUUCCCCUACAGUAAUCUGCGAGUGGUGGUGGCCACCAUGGGGCAGCCCCUGCGGG